GAAGCUCCGAAGGAGCGAGUGUUUAAGGAGAAGGAGGGGCUGCUCAACAGACGACGAGGUGCUAUGCGACGGCGUGUACACCAAGUGAAUGGUCACAAAUUCAUGACAACAUUUUUCAGACAACCAACAUUUUGUUCGCUGUGUAGAGACUUCAUUUGGGGUCUCUGGAAACAGGGCUAUCAAUGUCAAGUAUGCACUUGCGUUGUACAUAAACGGUGUCACGAACAAGUUGUAACAAAAUGUCCGGGGUCACGGGAAGCUGCUUCUGAAGAGCCACUUCAGGUGAGUGGUGCCAGAUUCAAUAUCAAUGUUCCACACCGUUUCACUGUCCAUAACUACAAGAGGCCCACGUUCUGUGACCAUUGUGGAUCGUUGCUCUAUGGAAUAUUUAGACAGGGCUUGCAAUGUGCCGCCUGUAAGUUGAAUGCCCACAAGCGGUGCCAGAAAAAUGUACCAAACAACUGUGGAAUUAACACUCGGGAGAUGGCACAGGCUCUUUCACAGAUGGGCAUUUCCGGUGACAAAUUGAACAAGACGAAAAAGGUUUCCAUAAGUGAAUCGCCCAGCAAAGAGGCUCGGGGACAUGAGCGUUCAAGAUCUUCUCACAUACCAAUGAUUCCUGGUAUGUACAUCUCUUACCGUUACAGCUUUACCACUACAUUUAAUAACACUAAUACUACUACUUGUACCACACUAACUAUUAACGCUAACACCACUACAUAUACUACAUUAAAUAUUGAUAUUAAUACUAUGACAUAUACCACGCUAAUUAUUUGUUUGUUUCUGCAGGUGAUGUUGGCUGAACGUCGGGAUACAGAUGAAGUGUAUGCUGUGAAAGUACUUAAAAAGGAUGUCAUCAUUCACGAUGACGACGUUGAAUGUACAAUGACUGAGAAACGAAUUUUAGCAUUAUCGGCCAAACAUCCAUUCCUGACUGCGCUGCACUCCUGCUUCCAGACUCCUGAUCGUCUAUUUUUUGUGAUGGAGUAUGUGAACGGAGGUGAUCUUAUGUUUCAAAUCCAGCGUGCUCGGAAGUUCGACGAACCUCGUGCCCGGUUUUACGCUGCCGAGGUGACCUUGGCUCUCAUGUUUCUACACAGACAUGGUAUCAUCUACAGAGAUCUGAAGUUAGACAAUAUCUUGUUAGAUUACGAAGGACAUUGCAAGUUGGCAGAUUUUGGCAUGUGCAAAGAAGGAAUGUUUGAUGGACGUCUUACUCAGACUUUCUGUGGCACUCCGGACUAUAUUGCGCCCGAGAUUCUUCAAGAAUUAGAAUAUGAUGCCUCUGUGGACUGGUGGGCACUUGGUGUCCUGAUGUAUGAGAUGAUGGCUGGACAACCGCCAUUUGAAGCUGAUAAUGAAGAUGACUUAUUUGAAUCAAUUUUACACGAUGAUGUUCUAUAUCCUGUUUGGCUCACCAAAGAGGCUGUGUCUAUACUGAAAGGGCGUGACUUGUCUUAUCAAGCAGAACAAACUGCCAGAAGUCUCCGGAACUACUUCUACCAGAAAAAACAAGAAACUGUAUCAUUCUCGUCCACUUGUUUUGUUUGUUGUUGCUUUUCUUGUUGUUUUCGAAUAUAUUUUAAAGCUGUUUUUUUUUUUCUUCUCCUACAGAAAAGUCGAACAGAUGCCAACAACUUUGACAAAGAUUUUACGACAGAGGAACCAACCUUAACACCAAUCGAGAGUCAAACAGUAUCAGCAAUUAAUCAGGAGGAAUUCCAAGGGUUUUCGUUUAUCAAUGUGGACUAUGGCCGGCUGGGGACUGGCGGUCCGACUGGGACGGCUGUGGUGGCAGCUGGUGGAGGAGGGGGAGGGGCAGCAGCAGCAGCACCCCAUUAACUGGACACAAUUAAGAGUAUUACCCCACCCCAUAAACUCUCGCACACACAUGUAUACAUACACACACACACACACACACACACACACGCAUCCAUACAGAUGCAUGCACAGAGACUGACAGAUGUCUACACCUUUCCCUAAUAUCAUCACACACACACACAUACACACAGACUCACACACACAUGCACAAGCAGACAUGCACACACAUUAGCCUCCUCCAAAAAUACAUAACAUCACCACACACAUACACUCACAAACAUGCACACACUCACGAACUCUAUCACACAUACAUACACACACACAUGAGCAUGCAGACACAAACGCACAUUCUCAACCAUGACAAACAUGUGUAUAUGCAUGUAGCCUCCCCUGCCACCCUCUCCUUCCCCCCCCCCAAAGCAUAGUAUCAUACAUAUAUAUAUAUACAUGUACAUACAUGCACAGCACAAAUGCACACACACACACAACUUAGUGACUAUAAAUAUUGAGUAACACUGGCUUAACUCAGAAACACAUCAGUUUGCAUACAGACUCUUUCUCUCUCUCUCACACACACACACACACACACACAUACACUUACCCCCUCAGGCAUAUAUGUAUAUAUGUGCGUAUAUACAUGUAUCUAUCUGUCUAUCACUCUCUCUCUAUAUAUAUGUGU